AUUAGCCAGGGAAUGUAUAAAAGGCUUCAGGGAGACUCACUGGGCUGCAGAGAGAGAGAGAGAGAGGCACUUUGCACCACAGACAGAUAGCACGAAGGAAAACGCAGAGCGAGUGAGGAAGAGAAGAGUCCGUCGCUCCUGGGGAAGGGAGAGAGAGACAGGCUGGGAGAAGGAGAACAGAAAGUGUGUGUCAAACGGAGUAAAGAAGGGGAAAAACUACCCUUCAAGCACAUUUUUGAAACUCUGGCAACUCCAGAAAGAAACGGGCUACGUUUCUGAACAUUAGAGACAAUGAAAAGCUAAAGAAAAUUUUGCAAUCUCUGCCACAGUCUCAUAGGUGCUUAGAAAUGAAAGUAGAGCUGCCUGUCUGUCACCGACUCUGAGAGGGGUGACUGGAUUAGGGACGGGGACGCCAGUUUGUGUGUGGGUUGUUUUUUGUUUUUUGUGGGGGUUUUUUUGUUUUUGUUUUUUUAACAUCUUAAAUCCUGAAAAAAAAAAAAAAAAAAAAGGCAGCAGCUCCGAAUUGAAUGAAUUGAUGGGCACACUCCAACUGCUGGGCUGCAGAGACUGGACUUGGUCUUGCCAUUUCUGCUUCUUUGAAAGAGGAGACAACUUGGGCUUCCUUUUAAUUUAGUUUUUCUCCUUCUCCCCCCACCCCGGCCUUCCCCUUUAUCUCCCCCACCCCCUCUAUCACCACCCCCCUUUUAAAUAAGAGGGUGAAGGGGAACCAGAGCGCACAAGGGAACUGACUGGGAGGCAGAGAAGAUGGGCAUCCUCAGCGUAGACUUGCUGAUCACACUGCAAAUUCUGCCAGUUUUUUUCUCCAACUGCCUCUUCCUGGCACUCUAUGACUCGGUCAUUCUCCUCAAGCACGUGGUGCUGCUGCUGAGCCGCUCCAAGUCCACUCGCGGGGAGUGGAGGCGCAUGCUGACCUCAGAGGGAAUGCGCUGCAUCUGGAAGAGCUUCCUCCUCGAUGCCUACAAGCAGGUGAAAUUGGGUGAAGAUGCCCCCAAUUCCAGUGUGGUACAUGUCUCUAAUUCUGAAGGAGGUGACAACAGUAGAAAUGGUGCCCAGGUGAAGAUAGUUGAUGGAGGCGAGUGCCACCUUCUUGACUUUGCCAGCCCUGAGCGUCCACUGGUGGUCAAUUUUGGCUCAGCCACUUGACCUCCUUUUACUAGCCAGCUGCCAGCCUUCAGCAAACUGGUGGAAGAGUUCUCAUCAGUGGCUGACUUCCUGUUGGUCUACAUUGAUGAGGCUCAUCCUUCAGAUGGUUGGGCAGUGCCUGGUGAUUCUUCUUUGUCUUUUGAAGUGAAGAAGCACCGGAACCAAGAAGACCGAUGUGCAGCAGCCCACCAGCUUCUGGAGCAUUUCUCCUUGCCGCCCCAGUGCCGAGUUGUGGCUGACCGCAUGGACAAUAAUGCCAAUGUAGCUUAUGGUGUAGCCUUUGAACGCGUGUGUAUUGUGCAGAGACAGAAAAUUGCUUAUCUAGGAGGAAAGGGGCCCUUCUACUACAACCUUCAAGAAGUCCGGCGUUGGCUGGAGAAGAAUUUCAGCAAAAUGAAAUCUAGAAUAGCUGGUUGAAGGUAUGAUUGUAAAAGAGUUUUUUUUUUUUUUAAUUAUGUAAAGGAAAGGAAACUAAGAACUGAAUCCACUAUUUCAACUGAGUCUCAUUGUCUCCCUGAAAGACAGGAAUUUACGUGUCAGAAGAACAUAAGCUUCUAACAUCUCCAUACUUCUUUUACCACUCAAAUGGCAUUUGGCUAAAUAGUAGCCCCAUCACAUCUCUUCCUAGUGAAAAGCCCUGAGUAAAAAGAUCCCAAGAUGUAGAGGAAGAAACCCUGUUUCAACAUGUGUUCAUCUGCCUUGGGAAAGAAGUAAUACAGCUGAUGGAAGCUUUGGGACCUGAAGAACAGACUUACCUGAAUAACUACUACGUUAGGGAACUAUUAUCCUUGUUAGUAUAAGGGGUAUUGCCUAGGCUUUAUUCAGUAUGGAUAGAGCCCAACUGGAAAAUUCCCAAAUAUUUACUUAUGAUGAAUCCUUGAGUCCAGUCCUUGUGCUUGGGACUUCGUGUUUAACAAUGUUCAAGUAGUUUUUGCUGUUUUAGUUUCUAGCCAUCUGGUGCUCUCUGCCAGUCUAAAUAUGCCAGAACUCACAGAUGUAUUGGUAGAUAUCAAGAAUGAUUCCUGGAGGGUUAGAUUAUCUGAAAUCUGAGGGUUACUUUUUAGGCAGGUGGGAAAGUACUAGAAGAAAAUCAAAUUGACAAGCUAGGAAAGGAUGCAGAAAGAUGAGGAGGCUUCACAGAGUUUCACUUUGAAGCUGUGGAGAGUGGGACUAAUUUGUUAGCCACCGAAACAUUGAAACAUAAAACAUACAUGGGCCAGAAAAAGAAGCAGCUCAACUAUAAUUAGCAUUGACAAUAUACAUAUGAAAUCAAUAUAUUUAUCAUAUACUCCUGAACUAAGGGAGAAAGGGGGAUUGAAAGAGGGGAAAAAAAAACACACUUCAUUAUUUGUAAUUAUGAGAAUUUUUUGCUGGAAAUAAUUACUUUUUGAAACAUGUUUGUGGUAUGUAUAUUUUCAGUUGAUUAAUUAUGCCCUGUGAUACUGAUUAAAUGUAAAACCAAUAGAUCCAGUGGUACUGGUCUGUCCCUCUCCAUUCCUACAAUUAUGAUGUGGCCCCACUCGUUCUUAGUCUUAGCCUCCACAAUGGUGUUCUCUGAAUGCUGAGCUGGACUCGGCUCUUUCUUUAUUUAUAUAUAAAUAAAAUAUAUUCUUAGCUGCUGUGGGAGGUAGGUGCCCUGGCCAUUCCGCUGUGGUACUGUUCUCCCAAAGUAGGUGAACUAUAAUGAAUAAUAGGUGUGAACAAACAAGAUUUCUUCAGCUGCAAAAUAGAGGAAGGCAAAGUUAGUUUGAGAAAAUUCUCAUUAGUAAUUUUGGAGGCUUUGAUAUAAGGCAACCCUCAGUGGCAUGGAAUUUGGUGAAAUGGAAUUUCCAUUUCCAUUUGAAUUUGGACUGGGGUCUUCCUCUUCCUUUGUUCCAAUUAGCUGAGGUCUGGUAAUCUAAGGCCUCAAUUGUACAUUAUUAUAAUGAUAUGUGUGUGUAUACACACACACACACCAUAUUUCUCUUUAAAGAUACUAUAGUUUUACCUGUAAUGUAAGUAAUAGCUAAAUAUCAUAACCCCAAAAGAAUAGACCAACUAAUUUUAUAUCAUAAAUUUUUACUGUAAAUUUGAGGAUGCUGUCAAAUCACAGUAUAUGGUUGUAUUGAAUGUACAAUCAAACGUUCUUAUGACCAUUCCAUUAAUAAUUGAAUCAUAAAAUAAAAGUAAUAGAAAAAAAUCUCAAGUUGAAAAUAUCUUCUGAAACUAGUUGCGUCUGAAAUGAGAAAAAGGUGGGAACUGAGUAAGAACCAAAAGUACAUUAAAAACAAAAAAAAGCUGGAGCAAUAUAUCAGUUCUAUCACUAGUUUAUUGUUUAGACACUAAUACGUUAUUUUAACUGAUGAUUGUGUUUUACAGCAACAUUUAAGCUUUCCAGUGUCUUAAAGUCUAUAAAACACACCCACAAAGAAACAAAGCAAAUUUUGAAAAUGUGGCAUCAUCUAAUAGAUUUCUGGAAAAUCACAUGGAGAAUAGAUUAUUUCAGACUUCUCAAUUGUUAAACUCUACACUCCAGAAUGAUCAGUGGGCCCCAUUGUAUUUUAUCUUGAAAAUGGUGUUAAGAUUAUGUGAUCCCCUAGAAAAGUAAAAUGAAAACUUGGUUGCAGCACACUCACUCUGUUGUCCUUAAACUUCCCCUUUGUUCUACAUGUACAAUAAUGGAACAGGAUGUUAGAGAAGCUGGUGGGGGGAUGAGAUUUGGCUAAGGCAGUGCUAGUUGUCUGGGUAAAAGGAUGAUGGAAAAAGCACCCAGUCGUGAUAUAUUUUUAAGGAAAGAGAAGGUUGUGUGUGUGCAAUUCCUCUCCACGAGGAUACUCCAAUGGAGAAAUGAAGCAGUGGAAGUAAAUACACAAAGGCAUAGGCUGAAUAUCAGGGAAAAAGAUAUGUUCAAUAGAACAUAGAAGACUUUCUGGAAGAAAGGCAGUUAGGGGCCAAUGAAGAAAGUGAAUUGACAAAGCUCAGGAAUCCUACAGUAUGUAGAAUGGCUUGGUGUUACCAGAGUUAUGUAACCUAUUUAUCUCAACAUGAUUUUUUAUUAUUUCCUAUGAUGUAUCUUUAGGAACAUAACAAGAACUCAUUAUUUGAGGUAGAGGAGAAUCAGUGCUUAGCUGGUAUGCUCAGAGAAAGUAUUAGAUUGUCAAUACCCACCCCACCUAUCUUCUCUUUUAUAGAGUAUGUUCCUUUGAACAAUUGUUAUUCAUAUAUAUAUAUAUAUAUAUAUAUAUAUAUAUAUAUAUACACACACACACAAACAAACUUUGAGUUCUUCUUAGUACCUAAACAUUCCCCCCGCCCAUAGGCUAUGUUUACAUGGAGCUAUCAGUUUAGCCUUUUAAACUGAGUUAGCAUAUCUAUUAUUGAAAUAGUUUCUAAGCAAUUUUAGAUAUUAUCAUAGCAUCUGGAUUUACUCAAACAUUUAGUGUUUGAAAGACUUAUGUCUUGGAACUAUUCAAACUUACUUUAUUUUAUUGCUUAGAGAAAAUAGUGGAAUCAACAUGACUUUCUUGAAUGGGCAUGAAUGAGAUGCCUGCACAAUGAUGUUGAAAUGUUUGAUGUAGAUAUUAAAAUGUAACUGACCUCCUUAGAGGCAGACUAGUAACUGCUCUUUGUAUAGCUAAAGUGAAGCCAUUUAACUUAUAUGACUUUUUAUAUUCAUGUUUUGGAUCUUUGGUACUAUGUCUUCACCUUGUUUAUAGAAUUUACCCUUGAUUUUUGGUAAUAUCAAGUUCUAAAUGGUCUAUUUAUUUAAAUUUUCUUGCCGUUAAGCAGAAAAUGCCUAUUCUAUAACCAAGGAAAGAAGAAAAGCCUGCUGUCUUUGAUUUUGCCUGGAGUGUAUUUCACUAUUUGGGCUCUUGAAUAAAAAAAAUAUGAAAUAUGUUAAUAUGUUGAGGUCAUGUGUGGGUACCGCCUUGCUGCAUAAAAUACCAGAGGGGCAUAUUAAAGACAAUAUCUAUGCCUUUGGGAGAAUUUCCAGCUGGACACAGGUGUUCUUAGCAUGUCCUGUGGGUUAUGUCCACAGCAAAAGGAAUGCACUGAUGUACAGGACUUCCCAUUCUGUAAAUCUGACUGAUGGUUUGGAAAAUAAGCUUAAUUAGAAUCAUAUGGCCCCUGCAAAGGGGGAAAUGUAGAUACCAAUUACUGUACCAUUGAAGGGUUCAUGAAAACCUCUCCAGCAUUUAGAGCUUUUCAGAACAUGUCCAAUGUCAUGUCUCUCAGCAGUGGAGAAUUCUAAUUCCAGGAACUUAAAACGAUAUUGCCAAAAAUCAGAUCAAAAAAAAAUUUUAGUUAUAUUCCAACUUUCUCCCUACUUUCUCCUUUAUCUUAAAAAUAGAAUCCAAACUUAGUCUUCAUAUGUACAUCCAGAAUGGGGUAUAAGUAUCAAUUUCUGCCUUGGUGAUUUGCAAUCUCUUCGUAGUAUCUUGAGGUCCUCUGUGAAAGAAGGUAGUAGGGCCUGGGAAAGCCAGGAAGUUGCUAACCUGGAAGAACGAGGUCCUGUGAAUUUGGUCUAUUGAUUUGGGAAGGUUUGAAAAGAUAAUUCUCACCAUUGGAAGAGGGCUGCUAGGUGUCAGUGAAUGACUUUAGGAAGAGCCAAACAUUGGGCCACUUGUUAAUGCCUUAUGUUCUGGAUAGCACCAGAAGCAAGGUCUCCGACUUAAGAGACCCAGCUCUGUUCUAAGGUGAGUCUGAUACAAUAGAAAGCAAACAUGUACAGAUAUCCAAAAAAAACCUGCUCAUGCAAGUCAGGGCUUGCUGCCCAUCUUAGGCAGCAGUACCAGAGCUCUAGGGAGUUUAUUUACUAUUUACUGGGGAGAUCUCAAGGACGAAGGAGAUGUUAAAUGUAGUCACUAUUUGGGUUCCCCCCCUCCCCCAAAAGCAAACAGGUAAACACAUAAAUGAAAGAAGCCCACAGAAGGGGGUGGGAAAUAAAUUAAAAAAUCUCUCAAGCCUUCUCCAGACUAUGUCACUGGCCCAUGUACUUUUUAUGUGUGUUAGAAUGAAAGAGUGUGAAGACAUAAGUAUCCAGUACUUUAUAACCAAAGCAAUUAAAAGAAAUUGGGUAGGGAAUGUUGGCCAGUUUCAUUUUCUUUUGCAUCACAUUAUCACCAGACUAUAUCACUAGCCCAAGCAGUCGGGCACCUGGAGAGGGAGAUUGGGAUGUGCAGAGGUGACCAGUGUGCAAAUGAUAACUACUGAUGAAAGAGUCACUGACUCAGUUAGUGGUUGGAUGUAGUCACAUUAGUUUUCCUCUGCCCGUCUUUGUCUCCCUAGCAAGGAGAAUAUUUGGGGCAUGAUGCUAUGGGCACUGGGUAAAUGUGGUAAGAAUGCAUGUGUGUAUUUCUCUGCUUCUCAGUUGCAGAAACAGAAACGCUUUGGAGAUUAUCAGUAGAAAGAGUGUUAUUAUAUUGGUGCUGAGUGGUAUGUGUGCUUUUAAAAUUUGUUCUUGUAUUUUAAUAAAUUUUGAAUAAAAGAAUAAAGUUA